AUGAAUUUUUAUUCAGAAUUAAAGCAUAACAUGAGAUUGGCAAAAGCUGAUCAAGAAUACAAAAAAAGAUCAAAUGAAACUUUAACAAAAGCUUUAGAAGAAAAUAAAUUUGCUUGUGUUUGUCUUAAAGCUGAAAAAUUUGAAUUAGCAUUAAAACAUUUUGAAACUUCAUUUUAGACAAUUCAAGAACAAUUAGAAAGUACUAUUAUCAUCUAAAUUAAGUAUAAAGCACAAAUAUCUUAAUGAAUAUUGGCAAUUUUUAUGCAUAACAAAAGUAACAUCAAAAAGCUGUAGAAUAUUACAAGAGAGUUGUAAAUUAAUCCCCAUAUUUUGAUGAAUCAUAAAAAAUACCCAUUAUUCAUUUUUGCUCUAAGAUUAAUUCAUUUGAAGCAUUUGUUGAUGCACAUACCAAUCUUGCUUGUUUAUUAACAAAUUUAGAUAAACCAGAAGAAGCAUAUGAAUAUUGCUUAAAGGCUAUUCAACUUUAACCUAAUAAUUAUGAAGCUUAAAUAAAUUUUGGAGAUUUAUUAAGAUAACUUGGAAGAUAGAAAGAAGCAAUUGAUCAUACUUGGAAAUAAAUUGUCUAAAUUAGUGAUUAAGGAUAUUAAGAGCCUAAAAAAAUAGAUGUAAAAUCAAUUCCUAUUGAAUAAAAUGACUUAGUUAAUGUUAUUUGUAUGAAAUGGGGAACCAAAUAUGGACCAGAUUAUGUUAAUAAAUUAUAUAAUGGUUUUAAAAGACAUUGUACUAGAUAAUUUAACUUUAUUUGUGUUACAGAUGAUCCAAAAGAUUUAUAAAAUGGAAUAAUUACAAAAGAAUUAAAAAAGGGUUGGACUGGUUGGUGGGGUAAAGCAACUUUGUUUAUGGAUUAUUAUGAGUAUCCUCCUGGUAAAUUAUUUUUUAUUGAUCUUGAUAUGAUAAUAACUGGAAAUGUUGAUGAGAUUAUGGAUUAUAAGGGAGCAUUUGGAAUAUUAAAAACAGAUGAAAUUGCAUGUGAAAAAUAAAAUAAAAAUGGAUAUAACAGUAGUAUAGUUAUUUGGAAUAACAGAGAAGUUUUUAAAAGAAUUUUCACAGAAUUAGAUUCUAAUUGGAAAAAUAUAUAAAAAUUUAUAGUGAGAUUUGAUUUCUGGUUAGAGAUGAUUGUAGAAAAUGCAGAUUUCUUAUAAGAUAUAUACCCAACAUAAAUAUCUGAUUUUGUAUUUGAAUGUAAAGAAUAAGUACCUUAAAAUACAAGAAUUGUUACAUUUCCAAGAAUGCCAAAACCUGAUUCAUAUCCAGCAGAAUGGAUAAAAGAAAAAUGGAUAUGA